AUGGCUAUCUCUCAGCUUCAGGCGCUGGCAAAAUUCCGUGGGAUGCUAGACUUUAUCCUCCACCCGUCUUUUCCUGACACGAGAGGCAAACCUGUCGAAGAUGAGAGGCUGCAGAAGGUGACGGAGUGGGUGUCCAAGCNCUCUUUGUCCGCGCUGGCAAAAUUCCGUGGGAUGCUAGACUUUAUCCUCCACCCGUCUUUUCCUGACACGAGAGGCAAACCUGUCGAAGAUGAGAGGCUGCAGAAGGUGACGGAGUGGGUGUCCAAGCAGGAAGAUCCCAUUGAGGGCGAACUGCUGCCAGAUGCAUACCGGGGAAAGAGAGAUAAUGACGAAAGCGACAGCAGUACAGAUGUGGAGAUGGGAUCGGACAAGAAGGGAAGGCGAAGUUCGAAAGCCGUAGCCGGAGGGCGAUACAAGGAAAGGGGUGAUGAUGAGGAAAGCGACAGUAGUACAGACGCGUAUAUUCAAUCAGAUGAUAAGUGUAGGCGGGGUCCUAACGCCGGAGGCGGAGGACGAUCCAGGGGGAAGAGAGAUGAUGAGGGAAGCGACGGCGGUCCAGAUGGGGGCAAUGACCCGGAGAGCGAGUACGGCGAAGGAAGCGGGGGUGGUUCGGGCAGUAACAACAGUGACGCCUCGCGGGAGACGAGAGAAAGGCGGCAAAAACAACGGAAGCGCCACAUACGGCGAAGAAAGUCGAGGGAUUUGGUGCUGCUAGAAAGAGUAUCAAUGCGUCAUGUAACUCGGGCUGACGGUUUAUCUGUAGGUACGGGUGCCCUCGUCUGUUCGUCGUGGGCGUCGACGACGAGAAUCGCAGCUGAACUUUUGGGCGGGGCCUGCUGCGGUCUGAGUGUGAUCUCGACCGACGCUGAUCUUGCAAUGACGGCUGCAAUAGCCUCUUGCUGGCUAGGGACGCUGCAUUUGCACUGCUUGUGGCACGUCUUCAAGAACACCAAGUGGGCGUUCUGCUGCCGACCCACUGUCCUCGCUCUAGGCGUGGUUGCUACUCAGCGCACCGAAGGUUUGUUCGAGGUGGCAAAACGCUCGGGCGUCGAGAAUAAGCUCUCUUUGUGCGCUCUUUGGGAUCGCCUGCAACGUCUCAGCAAGAUGAUUGCCAUAGAGACUGCGAGGUUCGCGACACCUCCCCUUGGCGCUGGCGUGGCCUUCCGGGAUAUCCACGUGGAGAAUUUCUUCAGACGCGUGAAGCAGGAGCUCCCAGCCCGUGGAGCUAGCCAGUUCUAA